AGACCAAAAAAUUGUUCCCGGCAUUUUUGAAUUGGCUGCUGAAAUACUUACUUCUUCGGUUUUGUCAGUUUCUGUCAUCUUUUUAUACUUUUGAAAUUAAUAAUUCAUAUAAUGAAUUCCUCCGACGAUUGUGCGGUCCUAAAUGACUUAUCGACCCCGUUAGAAGCUGUUAAAACUCACCUCACUGCAGAUGAAAGCAGUCCAGUGUUUCGAUGCAAAGUUCCAGACUUGUGCAAAUCUGAAGAAUGCAUCGUAGGAAUCGACGAAGCCGGACGAGGUCCUGUUUUGGGUCCAAUGGUUUAUGGUAUAUGCUACUGCGUCAAGAAAAAUGAAGAAAUUCUAAAAACACUCGGAUGCGCUGAUUCUAAAAGUCUUACGGAAGAAAAACGUGAAGAUAUUUUCAAGCUAUUAUGUGCAGAAACUGAAUCCUUAGGUUGGGCUGUCGACGUUAUUUCUCCUACUCGUAUUAGCAACUGUAUGCUGAGAAAACAGAAAUUUUCCUUAAAUGAAAUAUCACACACGUCAGCCAUAGAUUUAAUAAAAUUACUCGAAAAGAACGGAGUCAACGUAUCCGAAGUGUAUGUUGAUACAGUUGGACCUGCUGAAAAAUACGAAGAAAAAUUAUCCAAAAUAUUCCCCCAUAUCAAAAUAAAAGUAUCGAAGAAAGCCGAUUCGUUAUUUCCUGUCGUCAGUGCAGCUAGUAUAUGUGCCAAAGUAAUCCGUGAUUUUGCACUGAAAAAUUGGAUAUUUCCCGAAAGCAUUAAAAUGAACGAAGAAGCUGGUUGGGGUAGCGGAUAUCCUGGUGACCCAGUCACAAAGCAAUUUCUCUCGGACAAUCUAGAUUCCGUAUUUGGUUUCCCACAAAUCGUCAGGUUCAGUUGGUCGACUGCUGAUACGAUUCUACAAGAAAGCGCCGUAUCUGUAUCAUGGAGCGAUGACGAGGAAGAGACUGAUAAAACAAACACGACAAUAACUUCGUUUUUUAAACCGCCUAAUAAAAUACAAAAACAUUCUUUUUUCGCCGAUCGUAAUUUAGAAACGGUAGAAUAUUUAUGAAGAUUGACGCGUGAAAGGAAUGAGAAAAAUCAUUUAUUUUGAGGUAACUUUUUUAUAAAAUGAAAGAAUACUAGAGACAUCAAUUAAAUGUUUCUGAAACACUGUGAAUAUAAUUGUAAGAUUAUCGUGAUAAAAAUAGAAACUUUGUAAUCAUUUUUUA